UUCAUUCUCUUCUUUGCAGUGCGUUGACGCCACGUUCUCCUUCUUCUUCUGUUGGUUGGUGUCUGUUGCUGAGCUUGAGUGACAGUCAGGUCAGAGGUCCGCACCAUGAUGAGAGAAGUGGGGCUGGUUCUGUUGGUUCUGGCCAUUCUGCAGGACCCCAGGGGUUCAGCUCAGGAAGCCACUGCAUUCCCACCAGGAGCCCCUGUCUUCUGUGAUGACCAUGCCGUCCAGAAGGCAGCGGUCAGUGCCGUCAGCGCCUUUAACCAAAAAAUGAGUUAUGGCCCCCAGCUGGCUCUGUUCCAGGUCCUGUCUGCCUCCAAGGACGGCUCGGUCUACACACUUGGGUUCAGCACCAAGAGAAGCCAGUGUCCGGUUGGUGGGAGCAAAGACUGGACCGAGUGUGGCUUCUUGUCAACUGGACGCAAAGAGCCGUUCUUGUGCAACGGGACAGUUAGCGUGACCGACACUGAGACUGAAACAACACACGUGGCCUGUGCGCUGGACAACUCCAUCGUCUCUGAGAGAGCAGCCUGCCUGGGCUGUCCGGAGGACAUCAGCGAGAAGUCGGAGGACCUGAAGGUUCCCCUCAGCGUCUCCAUCCUCAAGUUUAACUCCGAGUCUGCCCUCUCUCACCUCUUCUCCCUUCACAGAAUUGGUCUAGCCACCCGACAGGUGAUCGCCGGCCUCCGCUUCUCGUUGAUGUUUGACAUGAGAAGGACCACCUGCUUGAAGAGCGAACACAAGGAGCUGAGUGAGAUGUGUGUCCAUGACAACGACAACAAGGAGUAUGUUAACUGUAACUCCACAGUGGAUUCGGCUCCAUGGAGACUGGUGCCUGCCGAGGUUCAUAUCAGCUGUGAGUCUGGCCCCCUCCCUCCAACGUCUCGCAUCAAACGACGCCCCCCUGGCUGGUCCCCUCUGAGGAGUGCUGGCCUUGCCUCCACUCUGGCCCCUCCCAUAUCUGCUGCUCCAGCCCGCCAGGAGUCUUCAGAGGAGGACACCACUGGGACCCGAGCCCCACACCUGCAGCCGGCUGAAGUCGACCAACACCACUGUCCGUCCAGUCCGUGGACGCCGCCCCCCCCUUCCCACCCAGUGGAGGAAGUGCCCCCAAGCGCCCCAACCCCUGUUCAAGGGACUUUCAGUGACUCUGAUCUGUUGAGAUAAACAUGAAACUCAGCAGUUCUGAAAAUAAAGCUCUGACUAAUG